UCGGACCGAUAAAAAAAAUUUAUAAUGCAGCCAUAGAUUAAGCACUAGCGAAGCUUGUAACCGAUUCCGUCUUAUUUCCUACGCCAGGAUCUUUUAGAUAAAAGUUAUAUCUGAAGGGCGCAUUAGAUUGGCUUGAAGGUGAAAAUUUAACCACAGUUUGCCGUGUUGGAAAAUUAUUUUUAUAGACUAUAAUUCCUAAAUUCCUAAAUUCCUAAAUACUAAUUAUUACUAAUUUAUAUAAGUACUCAAUAAUCUUAUAUUUUCACUCAUAACUAGACUUGUUUUAAACCAUUACAUUCACUGUUAAAGUCAAAUCUAUAAGAUCGGGAAGUUUAUUAUUUUUUAUUCGUUCAUUCAUUCAUUUAUUUAUUCACUAUCAGUUCAUCCUUUCAUUAAUUAGUUUAGCAUGGGCUUACUUGGGAAAUUUUUUCACCACUCUAGUGGCAACCACGAAGAAGAAAUUAAAUCAAAAGGGUUUGAAAUCUCAGAGUGUUCUUUCGAAUGUGACAGCUGUACAUCAAAAUUUCCUGCUUCUUUGAAAUUUGAUGAAGAGGCUGAGUUAUGGGAUUCCACCAAACCAUUUGGCUUACAUCUUUUGGUAUCUACUGGAAAAUCAGAUUGGCCGCAUGAUGCAACAGGUGAAUCUAAUACUUUAUCGAAUGCAGUGGCAAAAUGGGGUAGUGACCAUUCGCAAAAGUAUUCUCAAAUAGGGAAUAUUAAAGUAUCGACUUCAUCUUUAUCAUCUGAUGAAUUCUUGACUGAUGAUGAUUAUAUAAAGGAACAGAAAGGUGAUAUUUUAAUUUUACCCUUCUUUGUAUGGGUUAAAGGUGUUACUAUUAAAGAAACCAGUUCCGUAUUAUCUAGUUUGAUACCAGAUUUAAUAAAAUUUAGAAAUGAAAAAGUAACUGAUUUACAAAUUCCAACUACUUAUUCAACAUCAUUUCCAUCCGUUAGAUUUGAAAUAGAUACUUCCAAAUCUUAUGUAUUCCUUUGCUCUCAUAGAACAAGAGAUAAAAGAUGUGGUGUGACUGCUCCUAUCAUGAAAAAGGAAAUGGAUCUCCAUUUGAGAGAUUUGGGCCUUUAUAGAGAUGUUGGAGAUAAUACACCUAAUGGAGUUAGAGUAGCAUUCAUAAAUCAUAUUGGUGGACAUAAAUACGCUGCCAAUGUUAUUAUUUAUUUAAGAAGCCUGGGAAAAAUUAUAUGGUUAGCUAGAUGUAAACCAAAUAAUGUUGUACCAAUUAUAGACGAAUGUAUUGUUAAUGAUGGGAAAGUUUGGCCAAAUAAUAUUAGAUUACUCCAAAAGCUUGAUCCUAUUGAUUGGUAAUACUUAAAU